AUGGACGCUUUUAUGGAAUUUGAGCGAGAGAUGGCAAGGAAGCGCCAACAAAAGAUGAACGCAAGUGUAUACGACGAUCUACCAAAAACAAUUGCGCCGGGAGGUCGUCUGACACCUCCAGUGAAGCCGGAUGACGACGAGUGCUGCCAUUUAGACUGUCCUAAUUGCGUACUCGUGGUCUAUCAGGAACAAUUGCUAGAAUACGAGCUGAGUUUGCAGAGCCUGAAUAGAAGACAAAAGCCGACGACUCCUUCGCCUGUCUACGACUUGUCAUUUUACUCGAGCAAAGACGAUGAAAAAGAAUCAAGCAUAAGACAAAUGCUUCAGAUGGAAAUGAAUCGUGCAGUGUAUGAGGUCGCAAGCAACGAUGUGAUCACUGCACCACACCAGACGGCGGACGGAGCGUGGCGGUCGGUGCGUCAUAUUGACCUCCGCAUUCGUGACGACCAACAGGAACAAGUUGGUGAACAAGUAUCUAAUAUUGGUGUAUACGUUCCAAACGAUCUGCCAGUGGUAGAGCGCAUGCUCGUUCAUUUGCAUGUACAAGACCCAGGCGCACUUUACACUGCUAAGCUGAUUGUCGACUCCGAGCAGCAAUCAUCGCACCAGCAUCAAUCGCUCCACGAGCGUCCGUUUGCUCAUGUUGGAACUGUUCGUGAUGCCCUCACAUGGAACUUUGACCUCAUUUCAGCUCCACGUCCCAGAUUUCUACGGAUUCUUGCUGCAUAUGCGUCCGACGACAACGACGUUGCUGCAUUAAUGGCUCCGCAAACAGCAGAAGCUAUUCAAUACGAACGACCGCACCAACACGUUACCAUGGCAGACAUUUUCGAUCGCUUCCCGUCGGUUCGACUAAGCUUCGCAGAUUUUUUUCAGAUUGUGCCGCCAAAUUCUCCACGGUAUUACACCAUCUCUUCGUCACGAAAGUUCAUUCCCAAUGUAGUCUCGAUCACGCUUGGUCUUCGUAAGAAGGACGUACUACCGAUGCCGCGAUGUUCCAGCUACCUUGCGAUGCUAAAGCCGGGCGAAGCCAUACGCGCAUCGUUCUACCAGUCAUCUCUGGUGUUUCCAUUCCACGACCACCGUCCUCUCAUGCUUAUCAGUGCAGGCACCGGAAUUGCGCCAUUCCGAGCGUUUUUACAGGAUCUCGAGCAUGAAGACGAGACAUUGCCGCACCGACACCGACCAACCUAUCUCUUUUAUGGUUGCCGUGCAGCAAGCGUAGAUUUCUUGUAUGGUGAAGAGUUGCAACGUGCGCAGGAGUCCGGUGUGCUAGACCAAUUGCACGUAACGUUUUCUGAUGACAGCGACCAACCAAAGCGGUAUGUCCAGGAUGCAUUGAUCGAACAUAGCGAGCUCGUGGCACGGCAUCUGCUUGUAGACGAAGGCUACACCUACGUGUGUGGUAGUUUGGCCAUGGGCCGUGCCGUGAAGAAAGCCAUUGCUGGGGCUAUCCUGCGGCACACUGAGUAUUCUGGCGGAAAAAUUGCGACGCAAGAAGACGCUGAGCGCGUUGUGACGCAGAAGCUAGCGGGGCAUUUAAUUAUUGCAGAGCUCUGGUAG